AUGAAAAACUAUACUAUAACAACAUUCGUACUGCUGGGACUGACAGAUGAACCUCAGCUGCAAGUUCUGAUUUUUAUCAUUCUAUUUCUCACCUACAUGUUCAGUGUAAUGGGGAACCUUACCAUCAUCACACUCACCUUUGUGGAUUCCCAUCUUAAAACACCAAUGUACUUUUUCUUAAAAAAUUUCUCCUUCUUAGAAAUCUCAUUCACAUCUGCUUGUAUUCCUAGAUACUUGUAUAGCAUAGCAACAGGUGACAAGGUCAUUACCUAUAAUGACUGUGUCAUCCAAGUGUUUUUUACUGACCUCUGUGGAGUAACAGAAUUUUUUCUCCUGGCCGCUAUGUCCUAUGAUCGCUAUGUGGCCAUCUGCAAGCCCCUGCAUUACGUGACCAUCAUGAACAGCAGAGUUUGCCUGAGGCUUGUUUUUUGCUCUUGGUUGUCUGGAUUGUUGGUCAUAACCUCCCCACUUAGUCUGGGACUAAAUCUGGAAUUCUGUGACUCAAAUGUCAUUGAUCAUUUUCUCUGUGAUGCUUCUCCUCUCAUGAAGAUAUCAUGUUCAGACACAUGGUUCAUGGAACAGACAGUUAUCAUCUGUGCUGUGCUGACCCUGAACAUGACUCUAACUUGUGUAGUUCUGUCAUAUGCUUACACCAUCAAGACAAUUUUUAGAUUCCCUACUGUCCAUCAAAGGAAAAAGGCCUUUUCCACCUGUUCUUCCCACAUGAUUGUGGUUUCCAUCACCUAUGGCACAUGCAUGUUCAUCUAUAUGAAUCCUACAGCAAAGGAAGAAGUGACUGUUAAUAAAGUAGUUUCACUACUUAUUUUUUCUAUUUCCCCUAUGUUAAACCCAUUUAUUUAUACCCUGAGAAACAAUCAAGUAAAGAAAGCCUUCAAUGACUCAAUCAAAAAAAUUGCAUCAUUCUUAAAUAAGUAA